CGUACUUGUAUGGAGGAUUUGCUUCGUUCAGCUCGUGUGAUAUUUGCUAUUCUUGCUGAGUGAGUGCCUAUCAAGGAAUACCAGGAACUUUUCCAUACUACAUAUCCAGCUUUUUUGCCAAAUGAUUUGGAUUCAGCCGGAACAUCCGAAGCAGCUCACUGCUAUAUUCAGAAACCUGAUGAAUGUGUAUCUAUCUGAUAUCUUUUCUGAGUGUGAUCCAAUCUGGACCCUGUUUAUCCUUGAAGCUGCACCAUCCCUGCAGAAUUUUGGAUUAUCUCGAUCUCGGCAUUUAUGUCUGAGAACUCCCGAGGAUAUUGCCGAGAAGACCAACGUGGUGUGGGAGCCAUCCAAGGAUUUUAAGCACCUGAACUUGAAGUUUCUCCAGAUGAUCGGGUUCUUGGAGGAAGACAAGGUGACAACCUAUAUAAGGCUUGUCAUGGAACGAGCUGUGGGGUUGAAGAAAAUCGAGCUGCAAGGUUACCGCCCAUGCAGGGGCUACAAUGCCUCCGACCCUAACAGGAAAUCCCAGGUGGAUGAAGCUAGCAGGCGUCGGAUUAAGGAGCGACUCGAGCAUGGAUCCUCCUCAUCUGUGGAGAUAGUAAUCUGUUGACAGGUAUGGUCAAGGAAUUUAAGUUUCAGAACGAUCGCAGGUGCUAGAUCGACUACUGUGUGCAGUCAGUUAUAAUUUUAAUUUUCAGUUAUUGAUA